GGCGCGUCAGCCUAGCAUCACGUCGCGUCGCACCUGCACCUUCAAAGCCCGUUGGUCAGCUUCGGCACGAACAUGCCCAACUUCUCGCCCAAAGCCAGAACUUUUUAGUUUUGUGCAUCGAUUUGGAAAUUACGUGCGCUUGCUAAAUUAAAUUUCUGCUCAUCAAACAAUGGCGUGGGAAGGUGACGAUGAUAGACGUCCGGAUUCUGACGAGGGCGAGGAGGAGCUGGAUGAAGCCGAUUACAAGACGCAAAAGGAUGCGGUGCUGUUUGCGAUCGACGUGAGCUCUUCAAUGCUCCAACAGCCCGUUGCAACAGAUAGCAAGAAGGCGGACAAGGAUUCGGCCAUCACGGCAGCCCUGAAAUGCGCAUACCAGUUUAUGCAACAGCGCAUCAUCGCGCAACCAAAGGACAUGAUGGGUAUCCUCCUCUUUGGGACCGAAAAAUCAAAGUUCCGUGAUGAAGCUGGAGGGCGCAGCGGGUCUGGGUAUCCCCACUGUUACCUCCUGACGGACCUUGACGUUCCUACUGCCGAGGACGUCAAGAGCCUGAAGGCGUUGGUGGAAGAAGGGGAGGACCCAGACGGAGUUCUCGUCCCCGCGAAAGAGCCCGCUUCCAUGGCCAAUGUGCUCUUCUGCGCCAACCAGGUGUUUACCACCAACGCUCCCAACUUUGGCUCCCGAAGGCUGUUCAUCAUCACCGAUGACGACAGUCCACACGGGAACGACAAGGCUGCGAAAUCGUCGGCCGCGGUACGCGCCAAGGAUUUGUAUGACCUUGGUGUUGUCAUCGAGCUGUUCCCCAUUAGCCACGGAGGGAAGGACUUCGACAUGGCCAAGUUUUACGACGAUAUUGUUUACCGCGAUCCAGCAGCCGAGGCGGGGUUCGUAGACCGAGUCAAGACGUCCAAAUCAGGAGACGGCAUCAGCCUAUUGAACUCGCUGAUCUCGAACAUUAAUUCCAAGCAGACGCCAAAGCGGGCGUACUUUUCCAACCUGCACUUUGAACUUGCGCCUAACCUCACGAUAUCGGUCAAGGGUUACUUGCCCCUACACAGGCAACAACCCGCGCGCACGUGCUACGUCUGGCUUGGCGGCGAGCGGGCACAGCUUGCGCAAUCCGAGACCGUAAGAGUCGACUCCACGACAAGGACUGUUGACAAGUCCGAAGUGAAAAAGGCAUAUAAGUUCGGGGGUGAAUACAUCUACUUCAAGCCCGAGGAAGCGGCGGCGUUAAAGAACCUCGGCAGCAAAGUCCUCCGGCUAAUCGGGUUCAAACCACGCUCCCUGCUGCCCAUGUGGGCCUCAGUGAAGAAGUCCAUUUUCAUCUUCCCGAGCGAGGAGCAUUAUGUCGGCUCCACCCGUGUCUUCUCCGCGCUGUGGCAGAAACUGCUCGAGGCGGACAAGGUUGGGAUCGCAUGGUUCGUUGCCCGCGAGAAUGCACAUCCCUCUAUGGUGGCCAUCAUCCCUUCCAGGGCACUGGAUGACGGGUCUUCGGAGACGCCUUACCUCCCGGCCGGGCUCUGGCUGUACCCGCUACCGUUUGCGGACGAUGUCCGAAACGUGGACUUGACGAUGCCGCCGAGACCCGCCGACGAGCUCACCGACAGGAUGAGGCAGAUUGUUCAAAACCUUCAGCUGCCCAAAGCCAUGUACAACCCAUCGAAAUACCCCAACCCUUCUCUACAAUGGCAUUACAAGGUCUUGCAGGCCAUGGCACUGGAUGAGGACGUGCCGGACAGCCUGGACGACGCGACGAUCCCGAAAUACAGGCAGAUCGACAAGCGCGUCGGCGGGUAUCUCGUCGAGUGGAAAGAGGUACUCGCCGAGAAGGCCAAUGCGCUCAUGAAGAGCCGCGCUGUGAAGCGCGAGUCGGAGGACGACGGCGGUGAGCGCCCGGCAGCGAAGCGCACCAAGGUCGCGCCAAAGAAGGCCGACAGGGGACAGAUGAGCAACGCGCAGCUUAGGACUGCUCUGGAGCAGGAUACGCUCAAAAAGAUGACGGUUGCGGAGUUGAGGGACAUUCUGGCUAGUAAAGGCAUCAGCGCAGUGGGCAAAAAGGCGGAUCUGGUUGAGAAGCUGGAGCAGUGGAUCGAGGAGAACAUAUGAUCUUGAAACGGUUUCUUAUUCUUUGGAAUGUGUGUAUUGCAGUCGGUACGAAGUAUAUUCUGUAAUGAUGCUACUUCGUCAGGGACAUGCCCUUCCCAUGGUUUAGCGUUGCUCAAAACACGUUGUUAU